CGUAUCAUCUGCAGAGCUGAAGGGCCUGCCCCCAGUAUCUUCAUCUUGGCCUUACACCGUACCAGCAGACACCUCCCUCCAGAUGGACCACACAUCCCCGACCUACAUGCUUGCUAACUUAACCCACUUACAUUCUGAACAACUUCUACAAGGCUUGAAUCUUCUUCGUCAACAUCACGAACUCUGUGACGUCAUUCUUCGAGUAGGUGAUGUUAAAAUUCAUGCUCACAAAGUGGUACUUGCCAGCAUCAGCCCAUAUUUCAAAGCUAUGUUCACUGGAAACCUCUCUGAAAAAGAGAACAGUGAAGUUGAGUUUCAGUGCAUUGAUGAGACUGCUCUCCAGGCCAUUGUGGAAUAUGCCUAUACAGGGACUGUUUUUAUUUCACAAGACACAGUUGAAUCUCUCCUUCCAGCAGCAAACCUACUGCAGAUAAAACUUGUCCUGAAAGAAUGUUGCGCGUUUCUUGAAAGCCAACUUGAUCCUGGUAAUUGUAUUGGAAUUUCUCGUUUUGCAGAGACGUAUGGUUGCCAUGACCUUUAUUUGGCAGCCACUAAAUACAUAUGCCAGAAUUUUGAAGCUGUUUGCCAGACUGAAGAGUUUUUUGAGCUCACUCAUGCUGAUUUGGAUGAAAUCGUUUCCAAUGACUGUUUGAAUGUAGCUACUGAAGAGACUGUUUUUUAUGCACUUGAGUCUUGGAUCAAGUAUGAUGUCCAAGAACGCCAGAAGUACUUAGCUCAGCUACUUAACAGUGUGCGAUUACCGUUGCUCAGUGUUAAGUUUCUCACUAGAUUAUAUGAAGCAAAUCAUCUUAUUCGUGAUGAUCGCACUUGUAAACAUCUUUUGAAUGAAGCUCUGAAGUACCACUUUAUGCCAGAACACAGACUGUCUCAUCAGACAGUCUUGAUGACACGACCUCGCUGUGCUCCCAAAGUACUCUGUGCAGUAGGAGGAAAAUCUGGACUGUUUGCCUGUUUAGAUAGUGUGGAGAUGUACUUUCCUCAGAAUGACUCUUGGAUUGGUUUGGCUCCCCUAAACAUUCCUCGCUAUGAAUUUGGAAUAUGCGUUUUAGACCAAAAAGUAUAUGUUAUAGGUGGUAUUGAAACUAACGUGCGUCCUGGCAUCACUAUCAGAAAACAUGAAAAUUCAGUAGAAUGCUGGAAUCCUGAUACAAAUACCUGGACUUCUCUCGAGAGAAUGAAUGAGAGUCGAAGUACCCUUGGAGUAGUGGUACUUGCGGGAGAACUUUAUGCUCUAGGUGGUUAUGAUGGACAGUCUUACUUGCAGUCUGUAGAGAAGUAUAUUCCCAAAGUAAGAAAAUGGCAACCUGUGGCCCCCAUGACGACGACAAGAAGCUGUUUUGCUGCAGCAGUGCUGGAUGGAAUGAUAUAUGCCAUUGGAGGGUACGGUCCUGCCCACAUGAACAGUGUGGAGCGUUAUGAUCCAAGUAAAGACUCCUGGGAGAUGGUUGCAUCUAUGGCAGAUAAAAGGAUUCACUUUGGUGUGGGUGUCAUGCUAGGCUUUAUUUUCGUGGUGGGUGGACAUAAUGGUGUUUCACAUUUGUCAAGCAUUGAAAGAUACGAUCCUCAUCAAAAUCAGUGGACUGUGUGCAGACCAAUGAAAGAACCCAGAACAGGAGUUGGUGCUGCAGUAAUUGAUAACUACCUUUAUGUAGUUGGUGGUCACUCAGGGUCUUCUUACCUGAAUACCGUGCAGAAAUAUGACCCUAUCUCAGAUACAUGGCUGGAUUCAGCUGGCAUGAUAUACUGUCGCUGCAAUUUUGGACUAACUGCACUUUAA